AUGGUUUCUGCCAAGAAGGAGAUGGUAACUGCGAUGUACCCCAGUUACAUUUCGACUCUCUUCUACUUUUUCUGCCUGACUGCUUGGUGAGUUCCGAGGCUACAUCAUCUGGGGGGCUUAUUUUUUCCUGUUAGAUUGGCGUUGCGCUGGUGCUACUGUCCAUGGUCCUGAAGACCCUAGGUGCUGAAAUCCGAAAGUGCUGUAAUUGAGUGAUAUGAUUGUAACUCCAAAUGUUAAUUUUGUCAUCCAUAGCUUGGGUAUCGGAGAGGCUGCUGUAUUUCACGAUAACAAAUCAUUUUGAUUAUUUGUGUCGUUUUUCAGUGUAAAGAGAAUCUCUGGAACGAUAAAAAAGGAUGAGAGAAUAUAUCCCGAGAAUUUCACACGCAUUUUAGACAGACUACUGGACGGGUAUGACAACAGACUGCGACCUGGAUUUGGGGGUAGGUACCUACCUGAAACAGUGACAGUUUUCGGCUGUCCAAUUAGUUUGUAUGCUACAGUGGCUCAAAGAGAUGGGCGACAAUGAUUUCCACUAUUGUGCCAAUGCCUCAAAGCAUGGUUCCUCUCUAGGGUUCUUCCUAGGUUCCUGCCUUUCUAGGGAGUUUUUCCUAGCCACCGUGCUUCUACAUCUGCAUUACUUGCUGUUUGGGGUGUUAGGCUGGGUUUCUGUAUAGCACUUUGUGACAUCUGCUGAUGUAAAAAGGGCUUUAUGAAUCAAUUUGAUUCAUUGAGUUGUUUAAAUGGGCUAUGAGGUUGACAGAUCAAAAUGACAUAGUAUUUUUCCACCAUAGGGCAUGAGCUUUUCCAUAGCCUACUGUUUCAAAUGAAACAUGUUGCUCCACUGAGCUACUACCAAUGCCUCCCACAGAUGUGAAACGACAUUCCUUGUUUCAAAAGCUGGUCGUCAUGACCUGAAUUAACACUUUCUUAUAAUCACUGCUUUGACCCUUGUGUGUGACUGAAAACGAUAGGCUACCUUCAAAUGUUUAAGCGAGUUUAGUUAUGUAGCCUAAUCGCUGUGGGAAAAGCCACUUAAUGCACAAUUUAAGUAGAAAAGAGUGCAGUGUUGUUUUCUCGUGUGUCAAAUCCUCCACGAGCGCCAAGUACCAAACACACGUUAAAAGACUGUAUGCAUUUAAUGAGAAUGAAUAACGAAAAAGUAAACUAUUUUUCGUUAAUUACAGCCUUGACAUGUGACAUGCAUGUCGGUGUGUUUAAAAAUAGCCUACCUUAGGAUACGUCCUUCAACUCCACCCUCAGCAAAAUUCUACCUUAGGGCGCGUAAACUUCAGAACUCACCAAGUGUGCAUAGGUUAGAUACUGAUCGGCUUACUCCCAGAAGUUUAUGUUUUAAACCUAUUUAGCUAUGGUUCAUUCCAAUAUAUAAAAGCUUAGAACCUGGUGCAGGUUAUUAGGUAUGCAUAAGUUAUAGGCUAUUUGGGUUUUGGCACACAUCUCCACAGCAUUAUCAACCCAACCUUUGGCCAAUGUUAGGCUGUUACUGAGGUUUUAUGUUUGACAUAUUCUUCCAUAACAGGCCUACAGGUGAAUAUAACUAGGUCUACUUAAAUUCAAUUGAGGAUUGGUGUGUAAAGGGUAGCCUAAUCAAUCAGAACUAGAGUGCCGAUAGAAAGUCUACAGACCCAUUGGAUUUCUUCACAUUUUAUUGUUACGAAGUGGGACUAAAAUGUUUUGUCAAUGAUCUUCCCAAAAUAUUCUGUAAUUUCAAAGUGCAAGAACAAUUCUAACAUUUUUGAAAGAUUCGUGGAAAAUAAAACCCUAAUAUACCUUGAUUAGAUAAGUAUUCACCACCCUGAGUCAAUACAUGUUAGAAACAUAUUUGGCAGAGAUUACAACUGUGAGACUUCUUGGGUAAGUCUCAUAAGAGUUUUGCACACCUGAAUUGUGCAAUAUUUGCCCAUUAUUAUUUUCAAAAUGUGUCACUCUCUGUCAAGGUGUUGGGGAUCAUGGCUAGACAGCAAUUUUCAAGUCUUGCCAUAGAUUUUCAAACAGAUUCAAGUAAAAACUGGCCACUCAGGAACAUUCACUGUCUUCUUGGUAAGCAACUCCAAUGUAUUUGGCUUUGUUUUGUAGGUUAUUGUCCUGCUGAAAGGUGAAUUCCUCUCCCAGUUUCUGGUUUAAAGCAGACUGAAGCAUACCAUGAUGCAGCCACAACCAUGCUUGAAAAUAAGGAGGCAGUGAUGUGUUGUGUUGGAUUUCCUCCAAACAUAAGGCUUUGCAUUUAGGCCAAAAAGGCUAUUCCUUUGCUGUUAUUAUUAUUAUUAUCAUUAUUAUUAUUUUGCAUAAAUAUGCAAUGUUCUGUAUAUUUGUAUUCUUCUUUUUACUCUGUCAUUUACAGUGGCUUGCGAAAGUAUUCACCCCCCUUGGCAUUUUUCCUAUUUUGUUGCCUUACACCCUGGAAUUAAAAUCGAUUUUUGGGGGGUUUGUAUCAUUUGAUUUACACAACAUGCCUACGACUUUGAAGAUGCAAAAUAUGUUUUAUUGUGAAACAAACAAGAAAUAAGACAAAAAAACUGAAAACUUGAGCGAGCAUAACUCUUCACCCCCCCAAAGUCAAUACUUUGUAGAGCCACCUUUUGCAGCAAUUACAGCUGCAAGUAUCUUGGGGUAUGUCUCUAUAAGCUUGGCACAUCUAGCCAGUGGGAUUUUUGCCCAUUCUUCAAGGCAAAACUGUUUCAGCUCCUUCAAGUUCGAUGGGUUCCGCUGGUGUACAGCAAUCUUUAAGUCAUGCCACAGAUUCUCAAUUGGAUUGAGGUCUGGGCUUCGACUAGGCCAUUCCAAGACAUUUAAAAUGUUUCCCCUUAAACCACUCGAGUGUUGGUUUAGUAGUAUGCUUAGGGUCAUUGUCCUGCUGGAAGGUGAACCUCCGUCCCAGUCUCAAAUCUCUGGAAGACUGAAACAGGUUUCCCUCAAGAAUGUCCCUGUAUUUAGCGCCAUCCAUCAUUCCUUCAAUUCUGACCAGUUUCCCAGUCCCUGCCGAUGAAAAACAUCCCCACAGCAUGAUGCUGCCACCACCAUGCUUCACUGUGGGGAUGGUGUUCUCUGGGUGAUGAGAGGUGUCAGGUUUGCGCCAGACAUAGCGUUUUCCCUGAAGGCCAAAAAGCUCAAUUUUAGUCUCAUCUGACCAGAGUAUCUUCUUCCAUAUGUUUGGGGAGUCUCCCACAUGGCUUUUGACGAAGACCAAACAUGUUUGCUUAUUUUUUUCUUCAAGCAAUGGCUUUUUUCUGGCCACUCUUCCGUAACGAUAUUAUAACCGCAAUCAAUAAAAGACAGUACUGUGCAGCCGUCUUCAUCGACCUGGUCAAGGCUUUCGACUCCGUCAAUCACCGCAUUCUUAUUGGCAGACUAAAUAGCCUUGGUUUCUCAAAUGACUGCCUCGCCUGGUUCACCAACUACUUCUCAGAUAGAGUUCAAUGUGUCAAAUUGGAGGGCCUGUUGUCUGGACCUCUGGUAGUCUCUAUGGGGGUGCCACAGACUUCAAUUCUCGGGCCGACUAUUCUCUGUGUAUAUCAAUGAUGUCGCUCUUGCUGCUGGUGACUCACAGAUCCACCUCUACGCAGACGACACCAUUUUGUAUACAUCUGGCCCUUCAUUGGACACUGUGUUAACAAACCUCCAAACGAGCUUCAAUGCCAUACAGCACUCCUUCCGUAGCCUCCAACUGCUCUUAAACGCUAGUAAAACUAAAUGCAUGCUCUUCAAUCGAAUGCUGCUUGCACCCGCCCGCCCGACUAGAAUCACUACUCUCGGCGGGUCUGACUUAGAAUAUGUGGACAACUACAAAUACCUAGGUGUCUGGUUAGACCGUAAACUCUCCUUCCAGACUCACAUCAAGCAUCUCCAAUCCAAAGUUAAAUCUAGAAUCGGCUUCCUAUUUCGCAACAAAGCCUCCUUUACGCAUGCUGCUAAACAUGCCCUCAUAAAACUGACUAUCAUUCCGAUCCUUGACUUCGCAAUGUCAUUUACAGAAUAGCCUCCAACACUCUACUCAGCAAAUUGGAUGUAGUCUAUCACAGUGCCAUCCGUUUUGUCACCAAAGCCCCAUAUACUACCCACCAUUGUGACCUGUACGCUCUCGUUGGCUGGCCCUCACUACAUAUUCGUCGCCAAACCCACUGGCUCCAGGUCAUCUAUAAAUCACUGCUAGGCAAAUCCCUGCCUUAUCUUAGCUCAUUGGUCACCAUAGCAACACCCACCCGUAGUAUGCGCUCCAGCAGGUAUAUCUCACUGGUCAUCCCCAAAGCCAACACCUCCUUUGGCCACCAUUCCUUCCAGUUCUCUGUUGCCAAUGACUGGAACGAACUGCAAAAAUCUCUGAAGCUGGAGACUCUUAUCUCCCUCACUAACUUUAAGCAUCAGUUGUCAGAGCAGCUUACCGAUCACUGCACCUGUACACAGCCCAUCUGUAAUUAGCCCACCCAACUACCUCAUCCCCAUAUUGUUAUUUAUUUUGCUCAUUUGCAACCCAGUAUCUCUAUUUGCACAUCAUCUUCUGCACAUCUAUCAAUCCAGUGUUAAUACUAAUUUUUAAUUAUUUUGCACUAUGGCCUAUUUAUUGCCUUACCUCCAUAACAUACUACGUUUGCACACACUGUAUAUAGAUUUUCUAUUGUGUUAUUGACUGUACGGUUUGUUUAUCCCAUAUGUAACUCUGGGUUGUUGUUGUUUUUAUCGCACUGCUUUGCUUUAUCUUAGCCAGGUUGCAGUUGUAAAUGAGAACUUGUUCUCAACUGGCUUACCUGGUUAAAUAAAGGUGAAUUUAAAAAAAAAAAAAUUUAAGGCCCAGCUCUGUGGAGUGUACGGCUUAAAGUGGUCCUAUGGACUGAUACUCCAAACUCCGCUGUGGAGCUUUGCAGCUCCUUCAGGGUUAUCGUUGGUCUCUUUGUUGCCACUCUGAUUAAUGCCCUCCUUGCCUGGUCCGUGAGUUUUGGUGGGUGGCCCUCUCUUGGCAGGUUUGUUGUGGUGCCAUAUUCUUUCCAUUUUUUAAUAAUGGAUUUAAUGGUGCUCGGUGGGAUGUUCAAAGUUUCUGAUGUUUUUUUAUAACCCAAACCUGAUCUGUACUUCUCCACAACUUUGUCCCUGACCUGUUUGGAGAGCUCCUUGGUCUUCAUGGUGCUGCUUGCUUAGUGGUGUUGCAGACUCUUCAGAACAGGUGUAUAUAUACUGAGAUCAUGUGACACUUAGAUUGCACACAGGUGGACUUUAUUUAACUAAUUAUGUGACUUCUGAAGGUAAUUGGUUGCACCAGAUCUUAUUUAGGGGCUUCAUAGCAAAGGGGGUGAAUACAUAUGCACGUACCACUUUUCCGUUAUUUAUCUUUUAGAUUUUUUUUUAACAAGUUAUAUUUUUCAUUUCACUUCACCAAUUUGGACUAUUUUGCGUAAGUCCAUUACAUAAAAUUCUAAUAAAAAUCCAUUUAAAUUGCAGGUUGUAAUGCAACAAAAUAGCAAAAACGCCAAGUGGGAUGCAUACUUUUGCAAGGCACUGUAGGUCAUUAUUGUGAAAUCACUACAAUGUUGUUGAUCCAUCCUCAGUUUUCUCCCAUCACAGCCAUUGAACGAUGUAGCUGUUUUAAAAUCACCAAUAGCCUAAUGGGGACAUCCCUAAACAGUUUCCUGCUUGUCUUGCAGAUCAGUUCAGAAGGACGACUGCAUCUUUCAUGUGUCUGGGUGGUCUAAUACAUCAUCCACAGCAUAAUUAUUAGCUUGACCAUGCUUAAAGAUAUAUUCAAUGUUUGAUUUGUUAUUGUUACCCAUUCUACCAAUCACUGCCCUUCCUUAUGAGGCUUUCAAAAAGCUCCCUGGCCUUUGUAGUUGAAUCUGUGCUUGAAAUUCAAUACUUGACUUAGGGACCUUAUAGAUGUUGUAUGUAUGGGGGACAGAGGAAGGGGUAAACAAAUAAUGUCAACCCCUAUUAUUUCACACAGUGAGUCCAUAUAACUUAUGUGAUUUGUUAAGCCAUAUUUUACUUCUGAACUAAUUUAGGGUUGCCUAAACAAAGGGGUUGAAUACUUAUGCAAUGAUUACAUUUUUGUUAUUGAAUUUGUAUUAAUUCGUAAAAAUGGGGGAAGAAUUUUCUUUUCACUUUGACAUUAUGGAGUAUUUUGUGUAAAUCAAUGACAAAAAAUACAAUGACAUCUAUUUUAAUCCCACUUUGUAACGCAACGAAAUGUAAAAAAGGUCCAAGGGGGGGUAAACUCUCUAUAGGCACUGUCCUUGUCUAAGGUCUCUUCAAAUCAAUCAAUUAAUGUGGAAAUUGAGCAAGUUGAGGUGACUAAACUGCUUGGAGUAACCCUGGAUUGUAGACUGUCAUGGUCAAAGCAUAUUGAUACAACAGUAGCUAAGAUGGGGAGAAGUAUGUCCAUAAUUAAGCGCUGCUCUGCCUUCUUAACAACACUAUCAACAAGGCAGGUCCUACAGGCCCUAGUUUUGUCGCACUUAGACUACUGUUCAGUAGUGUGGUCAGGUGUCACAAAGAGGGACUUGGGAAAAUUGCAGUUGGCUCAGAACAGGGCAGCACAGCUGGCCCUUAAACGUACACGGAUAGCUAACAUGAUGACAUGCAUGUCAGUCUCUCCUGGCUCAGAGUGGAAGAGAGAUUGACUUCAUCACUGCUUGUUUUUGUGAGAGGUGUCGACGAGCUGAAUGUACCGAGCUGUCUGUUUGGAAUACUGGCACACAGCUCGGACACCCAUGCAUACCCCACAAGACAUGCCACCAGAGGUCUCUUCACAGUCCCCAAGUCCAGAACGGACUAUGGGAGGUGCACAGUACUACGUAGAGCCAUGACUACAUGGAACUCUAUUCCACAUCAGUAACUGAUGCAAGCAGUAGAAUCCGAUAAAAAAAAAACAGGUAAAAAUACACCUUGUGGAACAGCGGGGACUGUGAAGAGACACACACACAGGUACAUACAUAUAGACACUCACGCUACACAAACGUACACAUGGACGCAGUAUUGUAAAUAUGUGAUAGUGGAGUAGUGGCCUGAGGGAACACACUAAAUGUAUUGGGUAAAGUGUUAUGAAAUAUAAUGUCAUGUCAUAUUUUAAAUUGUAUAUAACUGCCUUAAUGUUGCAGGACCCCAGGAAGAGUAGCUGCUGCCUUGGCAGCAGCUAAUGGGGAUCCUUAAUAAAUACAAUACAAAAAUAACAUUUAUUUUAUAAAGUCCUUACAUCAGUAGUUGUCACAAAGUGCUUUUCAGAGACCCAGCCUAAAACCCCAAAGAGCAAGCAAUGCAGAAGCAGAGUGGCUUGGGGCUAUGAUGUGAUAUGCUUAGGAUAUUCUAGGUAUUGUGAAACUGAUUGAAUUCUUCUCUCAAUAGGUCCGGUGACAGAGGUGAAAACAGACAUUUAUGUGACAAGUUUUGGGCCUGUCUCUGAUGUUGAAAUGGUAUGUACCGAAUUAACAACUUGAAAAAGAUGAAUAGCCUAAAAAACGUUUGAUUGAUGUAGACAAUGCACUUAACGUUUCAUAUAAGAAAAAAGUCACAACCUUAAUUGUUUAGAUUUUGGUUUCUGCUUCCUCAGGAGUACACCAUGGACGUGUUCUUCAGACAGACAUGGGUGGACAGGAGGCUGAGGUAUGAGGGGCCUAUCGAGAUCCUCCGACUCAACAACAUGAUGGUCACCAAUGUGUGGACUCCUGACACCUUCUUCAGGAAUGGCAAGAAGUCUGUGGCACACAACAUGACCGCCCCCAACAGGCUGUUCCGCAUCAUGAAGAAUGGCACGAUUCUUUACACCAUGAGGUACUACAUAUACCAACAUGCUUUACACCAUGAUGCACACAUUACCCAGCAUGCCAGUUUUUCACCAUGCUAAGAUGCUGACCAAACAGUCUGCGCUGCGAGCGCAAGUGUUGCAAAAUACAUGUACACAUACAUCCAAACUGCUCGCGGUCGUCUGCGUAGCCAGGCGCUAAAAUAUAACUUGGUUCUAUUUUAGACGCUUGACGCACUGCAAGUCCUGCCUCUCCCAUCUACUCAUUGGUUUUUAGACGCAUACUAACCCACCUGGGUGAUUGAGAGAUGAAUCCACACUCCAGUCCAGUUGGUGGUGGAAAUGCACCUUAAAGUUGGUUGCCAACCACUGUAUAAUAUCCACAGAAGAAGAUGAAGAAGAAGAAGAAUGAACGAGGAGAAAUUAAUCAAAGAAAACUAACUAAAAACUAAGUUUCCCCUUUUAUCUGUGGAUCAAUUGUCAGAGUAGAGGACAUAUGAUUUUGUGUGACAAAAAAAAUUCUAAAAAGAUCCAGCAAAACAAAUGAACAUAUGUGACCCACCGCCUCGAUUCAGUCUUACGUAGCAACAUUUUGAAAUUGUGUUUUUUACAUUGGAUAAAAGUAGAGAUGCAGGGCUACAAAAUUGUAUAUCAUACACUGCAGUUGAGGAAUAAUGGGAAAGUAAUUCUGCUUUGAAAGUUGAUAAAUGUAUAACCCCACUUUUGAGAAAAUGGCCCUUGAAUGUUUUGGUACAGCUACUGGAGAGCUCUUCUUUGUUUACACCUAUUCAGCAUCGUUCACACCCUCUUAAGCCUUAGCCACACCCAUCUCUUUACAAUGAGGAAAAACUUCAGGUAAAAAUACACUUUAUCUAGACCUUGGCCUAUAUCCUAAUCUGACUUUGAAAGUAUCUAGAUAAAUAUAUUGUAUAAAUAUUUUAUAAUUAUUAGAUGAUGCUUACCCAGACACUUGUCUAAAUUGAUGGGUCAUGUGAAAGAAAUGCUAUAACCACCCCCCGGGCACAUCUAGCUAAGUGGAUGGGUCACUAUUGUCUAGACAUGUACUCAUGUUCAUGAAAUAAUCACCCCCAGACACACCUGGCUAACUUAAUGGGUCAUGUGGCCCCGUGUAGCUUAGUUGGUAGAGCAUGGCACUUGCAACGCCAGGGUUGUGGGUUCGAUUCCCACGGGGGGCCGGUAUGAAAAUGUAUGCACUCACUAACUGUAAGUCGCUCUGGAUAAGAGCGUCUGCUAAAUGACUAAAAUGUAAAUGUAAUGUGGAGUCUUUUGUUUAGACAUGUAGCUAGCUUGCUAGCUAUCUAAAAAAUAAACCAUAAUCCGAACCCAUAGCUACAGUACAAAUGGAUUGUCAUAGCUAGCCACUAUGCAUAAAAUGCUGGAGUAUGAAUCUGCAGGUAGCUAAAGCUAACCAACUAGGUUCAAUGUUAGCUACCAAGCUAAAAUUAGGCUAUAACUAGCUUUUUUAAUGGCUUUCUGAGAUGCAAAUAAUAUUACUACACAGAUCAUAAUGGUAUCAUUAGCUAGUGAGCCAGCAAUCUAACGUUCGCUAGCUAGCUAGUACACUUUAACUUGCAAUUAAAAUGACUUUCUGACAAAAUUAGAAAAGUAUAAUAUCUGAAAAUGUAGCUAGACUCUUACCCGUAUACAUGGAUGAACGCUUCACAGCAGCAUGUCUUUUCUGUUUGGUUUGUAGCUAGCUACAGCUUGUUAGGCCCAUUGUUGUGUCAAGUCACUCCGGUUCACACUGACCUUGUGCAGAAAAGUAGUCUAUCAAAACUUUUUCCCACUGAUCUUUGUCGAUAGCGCCUGCUAAAUUCUGUGUUGUUGGGAGCAGUAGCAACACUAAUGUAAUAUAUAUUUUUAAAAGCUGCAGUAGCAUGAUUAUCUAUUAGCAUGCUACAUGGCAGAUCAAUCCGAACUCAUCUCUCGGCAUGUCCAGCCCAUCCAUUAUCUCAGCCAAUAAUGGCUAGCGGGAAGGUUCCUGUCUUUUUCCGUGGCUAAACCAACUAGGCUCGUAAUUUAACAAUUGUAUUCGUAUUUACAGAUGGCAUACAAGUUUGUUAUUAAGGCACAUGAAAGUUCCUGUGAAGUAGUGACGUGCGACAUACGCUAACGUUCUUGAAACAGGUCAUAUAUGCAUUUCAGGUAAAAAUAACAACCUGAUGUUUAUCUUCCAGGACAAAUAAGCUAGGAACAGCAAGCUAGCUAAAUGUCCAUGAAUGUUUCAUGUGUUUCGACCUGUCCCCAAAUUAAUAUAGUUGGUUCACAGUUGGUUUUUGUAUUUUAACCUGCGUGUCACGCGUCUGGUUGGGAUAGACAAAAUCAACAUGUGCAGGAUGGAGCCGGUUUGGUCAGCAUGUGCUACUCAGCCUACCUACAGUAUCCAUCCUAAAGGUAGUGCUCCACGGUAUAGAUAUGAUACAUGUUUGUCUUCUGUUUGGAGGGGUCCCUACUCUCUCCAACUCCCAUUGGUUUUAAUAAGUUUAGAUGUAUGUGUCCGCAUAGGUUGACUAUCAGUGCGGAGUGUCCCAUGAAGCUUGUGGACUUCCCCAUGGAUGGACAUGCAUGCCCUCUCAAGUUUGGAAGCUGUAAGUAUGAUAUCAUAUACUUUAAGUCUAUUCUAAUAGAAGUGACUUGAGAAGUGACUUAAAAAAGUGGUUCUUCAUUCUUCUCUUGAGACUGUAAUAAAUUGUAUGACAUGCAUACUUCGGAACACUGUAUGUAUUGACAUACACCCCAAAUCAAAUCCGACUAUACCGUUUCUUAGCAGAUAUUAAACCUGACACUGUUUAUGUGCUUACAUGCUUUAACAGUAAACUAAUUGGUUCUCUGUCCUGACAGAUUUAGUAUGCAAUGUUUAAAAAAUACAUAUUUUCAUACACAGAUCACACAAAUGUACCAUGCCUGCUUAUUUUUCCCUGCUUUUUGGUAUAUCUGAAAGGGGUAGGGGUUAAAAAAUACAUGGCAAAUUAAAACCCACCUAUACACCUUUCAAACCAAUACAUUUUUCUGCCAACUUUAGCAUCCCACCAACUUUUUGCAAACUUUUCUUUAUAUAUGAAAGUGACAAAGCCUCUACUUUUAUUUUCGUCAACCGACCUAGUCAUGAGUUCUGCCUACGGCUUAGUAUGAAAUGUUGCUGUAAUUCUGAGGCGGCAUUGGCACACAAAACUCUCUUAAGCUCUUGAUGGUUGCUAGGCAGCGCCCGUUACCACUAUCCUCCUGCCAGUUCUAAACUUUGUGAGGCAGGUCACUUCACCCAUCUCUUCGCAUAGCUCACCACAUGCACUGUUUUCUUAACAACAGCUGGAUGGAGCCAUAAAGAAUUACUGUGGGAAUAUAUAUCAAUGAAUGACAAAUAUAUGGGCAGAAAGUAGGCUAAUGCAAUUGAAGGCAUCAAAUUGUUGCUUACUGAAACUCCCAAAGUCAUCCAAUUGUUAUAAUACAUUUGACACAAUAGCCUAGCUGCGUGUGUUCAAGUAUUUCAGCACUGUUUCAUGCUGCUUUGAGACAUUACAUUUACAUUUUAGUCAUUUAGUAGACGCUCUUAUCCAGAGCGACUUACAGUUAGUGAGUGCAUACAUAAUUAUUUUAUUUUGGGAAUCGAACCCACAACCCUGGCGUUGCAAACGCCAUGCUCUACCAACUGAGCUACAUCCCUGCCGGCCAUUCCCUCCCCUACCCUGGACGAAUUGUGCGCCGCCCCAUGGGUCUCCCGAUCGCGGCCGGCUACGACAGAGCCUGGAUUCAAACCAGGAUCUCUAGUGGCACAGCUAGCACUGUGAUGCAGUGCCUUAGACCACUGCACCACUCGGGAGACAAGCGUGGGGGAUCGUCUUGAUAAAUCAAUCAAUGUCCGAUUUUCCUUUUCAUUGAAUCUCCUUUUGGAUAUUGGUUAGGCUACAAUUAGGCUGGAGAAAUGUUAGCUAAGUUGAGGUGAGGGCAGCUCAUGAUCAUCUUGUCUGGUUGGCUCAUUUAGUAGCACUGAUAAGAACAUUUUGCCAGCAUGUUAUUUAGCUUAACAAGUGGAUUAUUUUGAACUUCACUCUCAGUCGCUUAGGCCUACCCCCGACCUAAAGCCUGUGACUUAAUCAAUCAAUCAAUCUCUGUCUGUAUAUUUGGUUAAUUGGUUUCUGGCUGGGCAAAUAAGUGGAGGUGGUAUAGGUCAUCUAUUUGUUUGCUCAUCUUUCACUGAUCAGAAACAUUUAGCAUGCAAUAAUGUAGCCUAAAUCAAGUGUAGGCCUAUUAUUUUGCUCAAUCUCGUAAAGGCAACUCCAAAAGCCCGCGGAGGUGGUGAAAUAUGAACACGUGACUCACAUGCUUUUGCUGUGGUAUCAUGAUGAAGAUACUCUCAAUGUAAGACCUUAUACCUGCUCCCUAACAAAGAAGUGUGAGGGUAGGAAAGAGAAAGUGGAUAAAAAAAGCAUGGGCUUUCCUUGGACUCUGUCCUGAUUGAUUUAGUAUGCAAUGUUUUAAGAAUACAUAUUUGUACUUAUACCCCUUUCAUACACAGAUCACACUAAUUUACCAUGCAUGCUACUUUUCCCCUGCUUUUUGGUUAAAAAACAUGACAAAUUUAAACCCACAUAUACACCUUUCACACCAUUAAUGUUUCAGCCAACGUUUUGGAUACUUUUCUUUAUAUAUUGCUUAACACCUCCAUAAUGUUAAAUGUAAAAAGCCCCCAUGGUUUAGCAACACCCCCCAACCCCCAAAUUUGCCAGUUACCCACUGAUAUAUAUAAAAGGGCUAUACCUGCAAGAAUGUGGUAAAUAAGGGUCUGUUUGAAAGGGGGUCAUCUAAACAUUGCCUUAUAUUUGUUCACAGAUAAUAUACCACAUAUUCUGUCUGGAAUGGGUAGAUGUGGUCAAUAUAUCCCAGUUUGUCCCCAAUUUUGUUUUGAGAAAAAUACUACCAUUACCGUUACCAUAUGCAGUGCCAAACUCGUGGCUUGUGGUAUUCUUCCCAUUUUGUCAUAUUUUGGGAUUUCAUACAUAUUCCCCAAGUAAGAAGUAAUUCAUUUUUUCUGACAUUGAUGCUAAUAAUAAAUUACAUUCAGUUUGUACCAAAAACAGAACAAAGAAACCCAAAUUCAGCACUAUUGAUCAUAAUGAGCGUAACGGUCAGCAAAACAGUGACUUAUCUCCAAUGGAAGAAUCUCUCAAAUGAGCGUUCUGUCUUAUCAGAAAACAGUAGAGGUUUAAAGAUAGCAUCUGCUGAGGGAAAAACAAAAGAAAGGAGGAGGAUCGGAGGAUGGUUCCCCCGCACUUCCCAACCCUCCCCCAAUCUAUUAUCAGCAAUUGUGACAUUGUAGAGGUAGAGGACAAAAUAGAUUCCUCAGUUAUCAUUCAGUUACAUUAUUCUUGGUUUAACAUAGUACCUCCCCCCACCUUCCCCACAUCCCAUCCUCCCAUCACAUCCUCCAAUCCUGGCCCGAAGUCAGGGAAGCAGACAUAGGAUCCGAUGGGGCCUGUAGCUCGGGAAAGGUCAGAAUCUCUCUUCCCGCCGCAGGUUAGCUCAGACCUAUUCUGGAUCUCUCCAGAGCUGGUGUGAGUCGGCGCCCCGGCAGCGUUCCACUCCACAACCCGCCCCAGCCGGCCCAUUUUCUCUACGCAGUUGGUGUCAUGCCAACUUCGAGUCCCCCGUGGGAAACAGCAAAUGGGAACAACAGACCCCGACAUAAACCCAAACAUGUGCUGUUGUUUUUCUUUCAGCCCUCUUAUAUGAACUCUCAUGUCACAUUUCAACGUUUUUGCACCAUUUUUGCAACGUUGGAUAUGCAAAAAAUUUGACAUGUAACAGAGAGCUUGUGAGACCUGGCAGUGUGUUUAAAAGCAGACUCAUUUAGCACACAGAAGACACCCAGACCGUUUAUUACCAUGCUAUUGUACUACUCAUUCUCAAUCAAAUUAUGUUUGCAUGUAUUAAGCCAGUGAGGGAUGUGCAGAUCAAGUGGGGAAACCAUGUGUGACUGGACUGCACACCAUCACAUCACACAUCAUUGUGUCUUUCAAAUGCAUUGUGAUCAACUGACUAGAUGAGGGAGAUAGAAAUGUUUCUCAUGUUCACAAAGCUUAGAGUUAUGAAGAGGAUAUCACUUACAUACAGUAGUCAAACCUCAUACACUACAAUUUUAACAUUUCCACUUAUUGACGUUCUCUCUAUCUCACAAUAAGGCACUAUCAUCUCUCUCUCUCUCUCUCUCUCUCUCUCUCUCUCUCUCUCUCUCUCUCUCUCUCUCUCUCUCUCUCUCUCUCUCUCUCUCUCUCUCUCUCUCUCUCUCUCUCUCUCUCUCUCUCUCUCUCUCUCUCUCUCUCUUUCUCUCUCUCUCUCUCUCUCACUCUCUAUCUCUCUCUGCUCUGCUCAAUACCUCCAUUAUACAAUAUUAUUAUUUGCGCUACAACUUUGAAUUUGCCUCAACCCCCCACUUGAGGGUUUAAUCCAUAUAUUUUCCUUCUCUCUCCACAGAUGCAUACCCUAAAACAGAGAUGAUUUAUACCUGGACCAAAGGACCACAGUAUUCAGUGGAGGUUCCCCCAGAAUCCUCCAGCCUAGUGCAGUACGAUCUCAUUGGCCACACUGUCAGCAGUGAGGAGGUCAAGUCAAUCACAGGUAUGGUGGGCCAUUGGUUAGAUACAGUAGAUAUCCCCAACUCUGAUGAUGGUGAUGCCAUUCUUCAGUUCUUAAUUCAGUUUGGAAUGUUUUCUGUAUAGUAGCUUUGUCCAAAAUAACUAGUUAAAUGUUUAUUUUAUCAUGAUUCACUUUUAUGCUACUGUCUCCAAAGGCACUCGCUAUGGUGUCAGCAAACAUUCAUGAUUUUGUUUGACGCUGUACACCUCAGAGAACAGUGAAGACACAAUAAAAACUAGCGGGAGUCCAUCAUAUUCUGUGCUCUUGCUCAUUGUCUCAUGUCAGUCUGUUUUUUAUGGAACUAAUCAACCGUGAUAUGUAUGGCUAUCUUCCAGGUGAAUAUGUGGUGAUGACAGUGCACUUCCACUUGAAGAGGAAAAUGGGCUACUUCAUGAUUCAGACGUACAUCCCCUGCAUCAUGACAGUAAUCCUCUCCCAAGUGUCCUUCUGGAUAAAUAAAGAAUCGGUCCCGGCUCGAACAGUCUUCGGUACGUACACAAAUCCCGCCAUUCUGUAAAAUACUUCUGUUGAGAGGCAGAGAAAAUGCAAAUGUGAAGUGUGUGAAGAGUGAAGUGCCUCAUCUGUGUGUCUCUUAGUCUCCAUUUUCAUAUUGUGACUGUGUGCUGCUGAGCAAUCGACUUUGCUGUCUUUAGCCUCUUACGUAACCAUUAACGGCUACGAUUCAUUAAAUGGGUGUUACACUUCCAUUGUUGUUAUCCAUCAAGUGGCAGUUGCAUUUGCUAAUACCUGCCCAUUUGUUUACUAACAUAAGUGGUAGGGCCCCACUAUGGGUGGAGUCAGAGAUUAAGGAGUGCACCUUAAAGCCAGGAACUAUAUACUCUAGCACAGUGGUUCCCAAACUGUGGGGCCCUGGGGGCGCACCCCACAGUUUGGGAACCACUGUGCUAGAGUGUAUAUUACAAGUUCGUAGGAGACCAAGCAAAUAGAGGAUAUUUACUUAACAUCGGGUAAGGUAGCCUUGAAGGUGCAAGGUUCCCGGCUUAAAGGUGCACUCCUUAAUAUCUGACUCCACCCACUUCUGUUUGUUAACAAAUGGGCGUUCAUCUUACUCUUGAAAGUUGUAAUAGCAGAAUGUACAAGGUGCAAUUUCGAAAUUGGGUAGUGCAUCAUCAGUUUUCCUCUUGUCAUGUCAGUCAUUGCAUACCUUAGAGAGCUAUUUAUAACUUGUCAGAAAUGUCCAGAUCAACUAGCCCAUGUCAGCUAACGUUUUUAGCUAGGUUUUUUAGCCCAUAGAUUUUGUUGUAAUAUUUGAGUCACUCAAAUAUCACAUUAAUACACAUUAGACAUGUCAAAAUGUAUAGAAUUGCAUGGAAAUUAGCUUUAACACCUGCAAAAUCUUCUCUCCGCCAAUAAGAGGGGUGUGAAAAGUUUGUGUCAUGAACAGUGCUUGUGUCCAUAGACAAGACGUGGUGCAUGUGCGCCCGUAGCUGGAAGGGGGGCCUGAGUGAAAAGCUUUGGGAACCCCUGCUCUAGCACUAAUCAAUUCCACUUUCCAUUUCCAUUUCUUGCUAAAUCUGGGUUUUACAAGUAUUCCAUGUCAAUCAGCAUUUCUUAUGUGUUACCCCAUGAGCUUGGGACAACUCACACUGUAUUACAUAAUUGACCCUUUGCCAAGCCCCGCCCCAGAAUUUUGGGCAACCAAUCGUUCCAAUGUAUAGCAACUGAUUGUGUUGGGUUUAAUUCAGAAGAAACAUUUCGGAAAGCAUUCAGUUGUUCUGACUAGGUAUCCCCCUUUCCUUUUUUUUUUUACUGUUGUUGAGUCCAACACCUCUGACAAGCUCACGUUUGAAACACAUGAAAGCCAUUGAGGGCAUUACAAAAACUGAGAGUUUUCAUCAUAUAACACAUUUUUUAAAUGGCUAAAUAAUUUAACAGUGCACCAUGGGUACUUGCUACUGUGAUUCCUGAAAUGCAGAGCCAGUUGAAGGAGUAUUUUUCCCCCUCCGAAAUUAUACUUUUGUUAUAUUGUUUGAUAGCUCAGCUGGUUAGAUAGCUCUCAAUCUUAUUAACUACCUAACGUUGCUAACGCUAGCUAGCUAGCCAGUUGAUAUAACAAAUCAAAUUGUAUUGGUCGCGUACACAUAUUUUGCAGAUGUUAUUGCGGAUGUAGAGAAAUGCUUAUGUUCCUAGCACCAACAGUGCAGUAAUACCUAACAAUACAAAACAAUGCACGCAAAUCCCCCCCCAAAAAAUUAAGUAAUGAAGAAAUAUAUAAAUAUUAGAACGAGCAAUGUCAGAGUCCGGAAUUUAAAUAUACGUACAGUGGGGAGAACAAGUAUUUGAUACACUGCCGAUUUUGCAGGUUUUCCUACUUACAAAGCAUGUAGAGGUCUGUAAUUUUUAUCAUAGGUACACUUCAACUGUGAGAGACGGAAUCUAAAACAAAAAUCCAGAAAAUCACAUUGUAUGAUUUUUAAGUAAUUAACUUGCAUUUUAUUGCAUGACAUAAGUAUUUGAUACAUCAGAAAAGCAGAACUUAAUAUUUGGUACAGAAACCUUUGUUUGCAAUUACAGAGAUCAUACGUUUCCUGUAGGUCUUGACCAGGUUUGCACACACUGCAGCAGGGAUUUUGGCCCACUCCUCCAUACAGAACUUCUCCAGAUCCUUCAGGUUUCGGGGCUGUCGCUGGGCAAUACGGACUUUCAGCUCCCUCCAAAGAUGUUCUAUUGGGUUCAGGUCUGGAGACUGGCUAGGCCACUCCAGGACCUUGAGAUGCUUCUUACGGAGCCACUCCUUAGUUGCCCUGGCUGUGUGUUUCGGGUCGUUGUCAUGCUGGAAGACCCAGCCACGACCCAUCUUCAAUACUCUUACUGAGGGAAGGAGGUUGUUGGCCAAGAUCUCGCGAUACAUGGCCCCAUCCAUCCUCCCCUCAAUACGGUGCAGUCGUCCUGUCCCCUUUGCAGAAAAGCAUCCCCAAAGAAUGAUGUUUCCACCUCCAUGCUUCACGGUUGGGAUGGUGUUCUUGGGGUUGCACUCAUCCUUCUUCUUCCUCCAAAUACGGCGAGUGGAGUUUAGACCAAAAAGCUAUAUUUUUGUCUCAUCAGACCACAUGACCUUCUCCCAUUCCUCCUCUGGAUCAUCCAGAUGGUCAUUGGCAAACUUCAGACGGGCCUGGACAUGCGCUGGCUUGAGCAGGGGGACCUUGCGUGCGCUGCAGGAUUUUAAUCCAUGACGGCGUAGUGUGUUACUAAUGGUUUUCUUUGAGACUGUAGUCCCAGCUCUCUUCAGGUCAUUGACCAGGUCCUGCCGUGUAGUUCUGGGCUGAUCCCUCACCUUCCUCAUGAUCAUUGAUGCCCCACGAGCUGAGAUCUUGCAUGGAGCCCCAGACCGAGGGUGAUUGACCGUCAUCUUGAACUUCUUCCAUUUUCUAAUAAUUGCGCCAACAGUUGUUGCCUUCUCACCAAGCUGCUUGCCUGUUGUCCUGUAGCCCAUCCCAGCCUUGUGCAGGUCUACAAUUUUAUCCCUGAUGUCCUUACACAGCUCUCUGGUCUUGGCCAUUGUGGAGAGGUUGGAGUCUGUUUGAUUGAGUGUGUGGACAGGUGUCUUUUAUACAGGUAACGAGUUCAAACAGGUGCAGUUAAUACAGGUAAUGAGUGGAGAAUAGGAGGGCUUCUUAAAGAAAAACUAACAGGUCUGUGAGAGCCGGAAUUCUUACUGGUUGGUAGGUGAUCAAAUACUUAUGUAAUGCAAUAAAAUGCAAAUUAAUUACUUAAAAAUCAUACAAUGUGAUUUUCUGGAUUUUUGUUGAAGUGUACGUAUGAUAAAAAUUAUAGACCUCUACAUGCUUUGUAAGUAGGAAAACCUGCAAAAUCGGCAGUGUAUCAAAUACUUGUUCUCCCCACUGUAUAUGAUGGUGUGAAUAGACAUUAUGGACAGUAAAUGAAUAGAAAAGGUGUGUACAGCAGUAGAUAUACAGGAUGAGCCAUGACUAGAAUACAUUAUGUACAUAUAAAGUGGGUGAAACAGUAUGUAAACAUUAUUAAAGUGACCAGUGUUCAAUGACUAUGUUCAUAGGGUAGCAGUCUCUAAGGCGCAGGGUUGAGUACCGGGUUGUAGCCGGCUAGUAACUGUGACUAAAGUUCAGGGUAGGUUACUGGGUGGAGGCCGUCUAGUGGUGACUAUUUAACUGUCUGAUGGCCUGGAGAUAGAAGCUGUUUUUCAGUCUUUCAGUAGUUAGCGAAGGGUCAAUUGAGAAUCCAUUUAUUAUAUUAUAGUCUUCAUGAUCUUUAUUCUAUUUUAUACCCAUUUAGUUUUACUAAACUGAACUUAGUUAAUCUCUCUUGGCAUUUCUUUGAGUGAGUUGUAGAGGAUUAGCUGUGUAGGAUAGGGUCAUAUUAGGAUAGGAGUGUAGUGUAUGUGAUUGAGUAAUGUAAGGUUAUCAACUACUGGUCAGUGAUUUCUGAGGAGUACUGUUGCGUUCCUGCUAGCUUCAUCUAUUCUUUCACUAUUGAUUGCUGGGGUGUUGUUUAUGUGGGUGUCUGAGGUGUGCCUUUCACGAGCACCACUGUAAAAUAAUAGGAGGCUAUUUUGUUCCUGAAAAGUUGUGUUUUGGCUGAUCCAGUUGGGUAGGUAGUUGAUAAGUAGGUUUAGUAUGAUGAGUAAAUCAUUUUUUAAAAUUAUUUAUUUAACCUUUAUUUUAUCAGUCAUACUGAGACAAUGGUCCCUUUUACAGAUGAGCCCUGAAUUACAGAAAUUACACACAUCAAAAUAUAAAUACAAAAUGCAAGCAGAAAGAAAAACACGGUCAUAAAAAACAAACAGUAAUAAGGUGCUCAAUCAGCUUUCUGAAUUGCCCUAGCUGAUUCUGAUUUACCUAACUGAGACCAAAGGAAUUUCUAGAGUUAGCCAUCCCUGAGACUGGGUGUGGUAACUCAUAAGUCUAAAGUUUAGUAAGGAUGUUAGGUACAGUGGGAGUUUUUGUAAAAGGGCUUUAUACAUGAAAACAUAGCAAUGUAUCAACCUACGCGUCAUCAGAGGGCCAACCAACUUUCUGGUAGAGAAUGCAGUGAUGAGUACUAAAACUGUCGCCAGUAAUAAAGCGUAGUGUGCUAUGAUAAACUGCAUCUAACGGCUUUAAUGAAGUGGCAGCUGAGUUUACCAUUUAUAGAUGACGUCGCGAUAGUCUAGGACCGAUAGGAACGUCGACUGAAGAAUCUGCUUUCUACUGUUUAGCGAGAGGCAGGACCUAUUUCUAUAGAAUAACCCCAUUUCUAUUCUCAGCUUCUUAACUAACUCAUCAAUAUGCUUUUUAAAAGAGAGCUUUUAAUCUAUCCAGAUGCCCAGAUAUAUGUAAGCACGGACACAAUCAAUAUGGACACCAUCCAAAGUACAUAUGUUUAAAUCAUCAGAGUUAUUUUUAUGCGCUCUAGAAAACAACAUAUACUUAGUUUUACCUGCAUUCAGUACUAAUUUCAGGUCAAUAAAGUUUUUCUGUAAUACAAUGGAGGCAGACUGUAGUUCAGAUAGAGCCUGGUCAAACGUGGGAGCAAUAGCAUACACAACAGUAUCAUCGGCAGGUUAACAUUUUGUUAAUGUAAACAGUAAAAACUACAGGACCCAGAACUGACCCCUGCGGGAAAUCGUUAUGUCCAGAAAACCUGAUUUAACGCCAUCAGUAGAUACACAUUGGGGCAGUUUUGCUGACACAGAUUAUGCCUAAUCCUAGACUAAAUUGCACUUUUACACUAGACUAACUGAAAUGGCAUUUCUCAGACAUGGUUUAAAAUAGUCUCAGACUUGCCCAAGUCUAGAUUGAAAAAGUUUGAUUUUCAGAAGGUCGAUUAGAAUUAAUCUAGAUCUAAGUGAAGGAUUCAAUUAAACCUGGCCAGAGGAAUAAGGGGGGCAGAGAGCUGCAGCAAAAAUGGAUCAAGCAUAUCAGCCCUGGGGGAUUUUUUUUCAUCAAUCUUAAGCAAGGCAUCUAGUACAUCACAGGUAGUAAAAUGAAAACAAUGAGUCAGCUAGAGGCUGGCAGAGGGAAGAGCAGUCGAUUGACUGACCAGGGUCAAUUUAAACCACUGUUUCUCUCAAAUAAAAACCCUGCCGAGAUAAAAUGAUGAUUAAAAUAAGCACAUAUUCCAUUCUUCUCAGUUAUGAUGCCAGAGUCAGAAAGAAUUUGUUUAGCCAGGGAAGAAGAGGAAUUGGUACUCUUCAGUGCAUUCACUGUUUUCCAAUGCUUUUUGCCAUUUCAUGUGUUGAUGAAAAGAUAAAUGAGCACCCACUUUUGGCACUGUUUUGCAUGCUACCCCAGAUGUGAGUAUCUGCAUCUGUUGCAUCUGUGAGCCUAUUUGUUUUGCCCGCUGACUUUCUUACUGGGACAAACAUAUGAUCGCAGAGUCCAUGGGUUCUACUCAUUUCCUAGCAGCUGUAGAGGCAAGUGCGUGUUAUUUCACAGCCACACUGAUUCACACAACGCCCCAGUGCGUCCCCUCCCACCACCUGUCUCAGCGGAGAGCUAAUGAAACUGUCCAAUAUGUGACAGGAGGGUGUCGUGGGAACAUAAAUAUUGUCGCAUUGGCCAAACCCCCAGGCUGUGGGGCUAUUACAGUACUUGUGUGUGUGUGUGUGUGUGUGUGUGUGUGUGUGUGUGUGUGUGAGAAAGGAGGGAAAGAAAGGAAUUGACUUGAGGGAUGAUUAUGAAGCUCCCCCUGGUGGCUCAAGAUGUUAUUAUCUGGUGAAAUGUAUGGCAUAUAGCAUAAAGCUAGCCUGGUCUCAGAUCUGUUUGUCCAAUCAAUGUUUGGCAUGAUAAAGGCCAUAGGGGUUGGCAAGACAGCACAAACAGAUCUGGGACCAGGAUAAUGUGAAACUGGCUCCGCCUCUUGAACAUGCACUGGUCAUGUUUCUACACAUAGUUCAGUUGAGGGAUUGAUAUGCAUCCAGCAUUUCAUAGGUGGCAUAGCAGCUUGCUUUUGUAGAUUCUUUCAUCUCUAUAUAACCUUUUAAUCUAUACACUGACCGAUGGUAAGUCUGUGUCCAUCCUCAAUUUGACUGAAUAUGGUCUGAGCUCUGUGUGGGAUGUGUUCGUGUGUGGCGCAUGCCUGCAUGCGUGUGAGUGCAUGUGUUGGGAGAGUGUCAUGUCAACCAUUCACUUUUUUUCUCAGUAUCAAUUCUCAAUGAUCCAUUGUUUUUUAAUAUAAAUAAUUCUCUACCAUCUGAGUGCUUACUGGAAUAUUUCUCAAUCUCUGUUGUAUCCCAUACGCGCUCAUGGAGACAGCAGAGACAGAGAGGAAACACUGAAAGCACUAACAUGUGGGCCCUGAACAACUCUGAGGACAUUCAUUGUCACUCACAAUCCUCACAGUAGCCUACUGGAUGUUGUAAGUAGAUGCAAUGUUUGAACACCUAUAUAUCAUGAAGUCAGAAAGACCAACACAGCCAUGCAAGGGCCUCCCCAUGGGAACAUGUACCAACAUAGCAGAAACGUAUAACAUCUGGUGGGCUACUGUGAGGAUUGUGAGUCACAAUGAAUGUCCCCAGAGUGGCUCAGGGUCCACAUAAACAUUAUGCAUACCCUAUUGUUUUAUAUAUAACAGGUGCCACAGGUGCCCUAAAGGGACAAACUAGAAUAUCAAUGCACAACAAGUGUAGAAUAGAACAACACCAUUUGUAUAAUGUAAGCAAGCCCCAUUUUGUCCUAAUCCAAGCAACUCCAAAGCAAUGCAUUCUAAUCUAAACAACGUGUCACAAGAUGAGGAAUGAAAACUGUAUUCCAACAGAAACAGUCAUUGCUAUUACUCAUUAAUUUGAUUAUUAUAGCUCAUCUGAUUAAAUCAGUCACACCUCAUUCAUCUGUACCAAGAAUGAUUGUGCGUCUGAUCUUGCCAAUUAAUCCAAUGAAAUACACACAUUUGUGCUAUAUCCUAAUAUUAAAGCUAAUAUCGACCUCUGGAAGUCCUUUGCCUCAUACACUUACAUAUUCAUCCUGUGGUAGGCAGAGUUUUGGAGAUGGAGGAUGAAAUCAUGUUUCUCUCCGCCUGGCGGUACAGAUUGUUCUAUAUCUCUAACAUAAAGGGGAUUUUCUCUGAAUCACAUUACAGCUAUUUGCUAAUAAUCCCAAGGACAAGUGACCUGCAAGCUUACUAUAACUCCCCAGUUAUUGUAAAGGUAUAAUCCUUGGCGUGGAUCCGAUUUGGUUAUUGUUUUAAAAGGAAAUGGAGGCGAGGGAAAGUAGGCUAUGUGGGGUGGUCGCUAGGGCAACAUCAUUAGGAUGGAAAACACAGGAAGCAAAGGUCAAUAAGUCAUCAACUGGAUGUUUACAGUACAUUCUAGUGUCAGAAACGUUCAGUUUCCUAUUUUUCAUAUUAAGUAUUAAGGCUGGCAUUCAUUGAUUUGUGUGAUGGAUUUUCACAAACUAUUUUCGUAGAUUUUUCUAAGUAGUUGUAUCCCUGAACUAGCACACCUGAUUCAAUUAGUCAAGGGCUUGAUGAUUAGUUGAGAAAUUGAAUCAGGUGUGCUAGCCCUGGAAUAAAUCAAAUACAUUGAACAGCUGGGGGUCCCCCAGGAAAGGUUUGAGUAAUGCUGAUAUAGAGGGACGGUUAGGCUUAUACCUACUGUUUUAGUAUGUAUUAUUUGGGUGUGUUGACAUAACUAUUAUUUUGGUUACAACUUACAGCCAAGGUUACAAAUGUUUUCUAAUUUCAGGCAUCACCACGGUCCUGACCAUGACCACGUUAAGCAUCAGCGCGCGUCACUCCCUCCCCAAAGUCUCCUACGCCACGGCCAUGGACUGGUUCAUUGCCGUGUGUUUCGCCUUCGUCUUCUCCGCUCUCAUCGAGUUCGCUGCCGUCAACUACUUCACCAACGCAGAGAUGGAGAGACUGAAAAGAAAGCCGCUAAAAUGCCCGCCGGCGCCCCAAACAACCCCAGUGAAAGUGAAGGAUAUGGAGGAAGUUCUGCAGGUGUGUUAAGACCUAUCCUCAAUCCCUAUACCCUUCUCCACUUCAGAGACUGAAGUGUGCACUUGUUCACUCCCCUUCGUUAAUUUGUAUGCUGAUCAUCAAAUGGAGAUUCAUUGCAAGUCUAAAACAUCGAGAAAAAUACAUACUAAAACGUCCUGUUUUUUGUUAGACAAUACAGUAACCGAAGGUUACUUUAGCAUUGAUAAUUGGUUAAGUAAGUUUGGAGGCUUUCUCUCUCUCUUUUCCUGCCUCUCCCUCUCUCCCUCUCUCUCUCUCUCUCUCUCUCUCUCUCUCUCUCUCUCUCUCUCUCUCUCUCUCUCUCUCUCUCUCUCUCUCUCUCUCUCUCUCUCUCUCUCUCUUCCUGCCUGUUUCUCUCCCUCUCCCCUCUCUUUCUCUCUGUACCUCACUCUCUGUUUUCCUGCCUGCCUGUCUCUCUCCCUCUCCCCUCUUUCUUUCUGUACCUCUCUCGCUUUCUCUUUGUACCUCUCUUUCUGCUGGCCUUUUCUCCCUCCUUCUCCAUGAUAUCAUGAGCUAGAAACAUUAGCUUCCUGAAGGCCAAAUAGGAAUAGUAAAUGGUGAAUACAUGUUAAGUUUGUCCCAUUUAGAGUACAGCUGCACAGCUGUCUGCUUAGAUCAAUGCACACCAUUUGUAAUCCAGCACAGAGGCUUAGCAAUGUUAUCCCAGAAAAUUCGAAGUAUGCUCUGAAUGUCCUACAUUUGCUUGCUUUCUCAUAAUAAAAAAAUAACUCUUCAGCAUUAAGAUAAGCGUGUUUUGAAGACCUGUGUUAUAGAAUAUUAUUACCAUUUUCAUUCUUUACCUAUAGUUACAAGAAGAUGCGAACAUGUUUGUAAGAGCCAUUUUGGUAAUACAAAAAACGAACAGCUCCUACAAAGUUGUUGGUUUUGCACGUCAUACUGCAUGAACAGAACUACACAAUGUUUACAUUCAGCAUUUACAGUAUGUUCUCAUGAAAGGGUAUUCGUGUAAUGGGGGUUGACCAAACAUGUUUAUAUUGAAUUCAUUACUCCAUGCAUUUGCAUUCUACUGUAGUUAGAACACAAUCCUUCAUUUAAGGGCAAAUUACAUGCGGUGCUAACUGUCUCAUGUCACAGUCCAACUGUUUGAUGGCUGAUACCGACCAGAAAACAGCCAUACGUUCCCCCUGUACAGCCCGAUGACUACUUAAAGUUGUCCUAUGGAUCUCAAAUCUUUGUGUGGAGUAAUCGCACCUGAAUGCAGUUUAGUGACAACGGCACAUCAAUGGAUUAGCAGGUUGCCACAGCAACACUGCUGGGGCACAUCUGUAUAUGUUCCAGAAGCCCCGGCGCCAGAAGAUUAACUCUUGUCCUACAGAGCUGCAGAACCAGCCCCACACGGCUAACAGUGGGGAAAUCUGCUCGGCAUUAGGGCCCGUGGUGUGUAUUGAUGUGGCUCAGAUGUAUCUAAACCUUUUGCCUCCCAGCCAUAGUGAUGUCAAACCUAGCCUAGUGUCCACAGCUCUGCGCCUCACAUCUCUCAGACAGGAAGCAAUACGCUUAGCCAGUUAGCACAUUCCAGUAGGGAGUCAGUGGGGGAAUUAUCACUGGUGAGGCUAUGGUGCUGUGGUUAGAGUGCAGCACCUCCCUCUACUGGGGCUGAAGCGCUAUGCUAGCUCUCAGGAGAUAAGCUCGUUUGAUGUUCUACUACACUGUCAUGCCGCCCCAUGGAACAGCACUGUUGUGAAAACCUACACAAAUAACGUCUGUGAGCUGGGCUAUUCUACCACGCAGUGCAGUAUGUAUGCAGACUAAAGACUGUCGGCGGUAUAAAGUAGUCAUAUUCGGGCACAUAGGCAAGGUUUAUAAUCAGAGGUUCCUGACUGUUUUAACCUGAUAUAGCUCUACAUAGUUCAUAUUUAUCAGCUUAAUACAAUUGUCAUAUUGUGCCUUACCACAAAGAAUCAAGUAAAAUAGUAACAUUUAAAUCAAAUUGCUCCACUUCAAGGGAUUUGCUUGUUGUUGCACAUGAGUGAACUAUGUGCACGAUUCAUUCACAUCACUGCAGUUUUGGGUUGAUGGUUCUUUUUCCCUCUCCACAGCACAACCCUGACACCAAUGGUAACCUGCGGAAACGGAUGAACUACAUGUCCCAGCAAGAUGGCCAGAAUGCUGAGUCCAACAGCACAGCAGUGGCAAGAGGGGUAACCAGGGAACAACCCCAGUCUUGCCAAUCAUCUUCAUCCAAGGGUGCGACUGGCGGCGCCAUCAUCCUACCACACUCCAGCCCCGGCCUUGCCAGCCAACCCAACGCUUCCUCCUCGACCCUGUCCGCCAUGAACACGCCCCCGGCUCCACCCACCACCCCGACAAUACCAGCCAACCAGACCCAGCCCACCGCUGACUCCUCGCUCCAGGACCUUCUAGGACCCAGACUGGAGCACAUUCAGCUGAUGGGCAAAAAUGAGCCCAAGCAGUCGCCAUGCUCCCAGCCAACCACCACCAGUAUGGGCGGGACCAGUAAAAUUGACAAGUACGCCCGCAUCCUGUUCCCAGUGUCCUUUGGAGCAUUCAACAUGGUGUACUGGGUGGUUUACUUGUCGAAAGACACCAUGGAGGCCAAAUUUAGAGGCCAAAUCUAG